CAAUAAAUAACAAUAAUUACCGUCAUCCUUUGAAUUCGAGAGAUUUCAAAUCUUAGAUUACCAGCGGUUGACUUAACACUUCUUUUUUUUGAAUUUGAACUCAUCAAGUUGUCUCCAUCUUCAAAAAAACCAGAAAAAUCCUCUUUAAUCAAAAGAAGUCGCAAUUGGCUAAACAUGUCGUCCUUUAAACCAGCUUCUCAUCAUCACCCUUCUUCUGUUGCGUCGGGUAGCACUGCUGCAGCUUCUGCUCGUAAUGGCAAGUCAUUCAGUACUUCAAGUGCAGCAUCUGGGGCAUCUCAUCAUCAUCAACCCCAAGUAAGUGAUGCACAAAUUGCAGAAUCCAGAAAAAGACAGUCUAAGCGUGAUGAUGCUAUUAGACGUAAAAUUGAACAUGACUUGAGUAAAAAGAAAAAGGGUAGUACUAGACUGAAUCGUUAUAAGAAAGCUGUUCCAGGUACCGUUUUAUCUUUAAGACCUUCUGAACCAAUUAUUUGUAAAACCUCAUCAACAGUUUAUGAAGUAUCUCAAUUAAUGUCUGCUAAGAGAGAAAAUUGUAUUUUAGUUGUGAAUGACACUGGAGAAUUAUUAGGUAUUUUCACUGCCAAAGAUUUAGCUUUCAGAAUUGUUGGAUCAGGCUUAAAUGCAAAUGUGGUUACCAUUGAUCAAAUUAUGACUCCAAAUCCAAUGUGUGCUAAUGCUAAUAAUCCAGCCCUGGAAGCUUUAACUUUAAUGGUUGAAAAAGGAUUUAGGCAUUUACCAGUUCUUGAUGAUAAUAAUCAUAUUGUAGGCGUUCUUGAUAUCACUAAAUCUUAUGCACAACAAAUGGAAAAAUUAGAAAGGGUUCAUGCAUCUUCUAAAAAAUUAUAUGAAGCUUUAGAUUCUGUACAACUGGAAAUUGGUAUAAGUCAACAGCCUUUACAAGUCUUUCAAUAUUUUGAAAAUUUGAAAAGUAAAAUGAACAAUCCAACUUUAGAUUCAGUUCUUGAUCAUACUACCACUCCUAUUUAUACUAAUGUUAAAACUUCAGUUUAUGAAGCUACCGUUUUGAUGAAAGAGAAUAAAACUACAGCAGUGUUGGUCAAUGAUACUAAUGACGAAGUUACCGGUAUUUUCACUUCAAAAGAUGUUGUUCUUAGAGUAAUUGCAGCAGGUUUGGAUCCUAAAAAAUGCUCAAUCGUUAGAGUAAUGACUCCACAACCUGAUGUGGCUCUGCAUGAUAAAUCAAUUCAAGAGGCCUUAAGACAAAUGUUUGAUGGUCAUUAUCUUAAUUUACCUGUUGUGGAUGAUGAUCAUGAAAUUAUUGGUAUUGUUGAUGUUUUAAAAUUAACUUAUGCAACCUUGAAUCAAAUCAAACAAAUUGAAGCAGAAGAAGAAGAACAACAACUCAAUGAUAACCCUGAGGCUCCACGUGCUAGUAAUGGGAAUGCAGAAGGACCAGCUUGGAAUAAAUUUUGGACUUCAUUAGAUCAUGAAGAUGCAAGUUCAACUCAUUCAGAUUCAGUUACUGGAAGUGCACCUGAAGUUACCCCUUCCGAAUUCAAUGGGUUUAGUAUUGAUAAUUUAAAACCAACCGAUUCGAUUUCAUUUGUUGGAGAUUCUCAACAACACAUUGAUACUCCAGUUGAACCAAUAAUUGAAGAAGAAAAGAAAGAAGAAGAAAUAAAAGUUAAUACUGAAAUACCUUUCACCUUCAAGUUCAAGUCACCAGCUAUUGAAGGAAGAGUUCAUAGAAUCUCCUUGGUUCCAACUGAAGGAUUAGUUAAGUUAAGAGAAUUGAUUGAUUUUAAAUUACAUCCAAAAGACUUUGAAUUCUUGAGAGUUAUUCAAGGAGGUCCAGAAAAUUAUGCUAUAUCCUAUGUUGAUGAUGAAGGAGAUGUUGUUUCGAUUACUUCUGACACGGAUUUGAUUGAUUGUGUUAAAAUCAAUCAACUUUUGCAAAAUGAUAAAGCUGAUUUAUAUAUUCAUAAUCCAAAUGAGCAUGCACCAAUCAAUGAUAUUAGACAAAUCAAACGUGAUACCAAGAAACCAAGCAACCAAAUAAUUGAAGGUGUUUCGAACGAAGUAUUGAUUGGUGGUGGUUUGGCAGUUUUGGCUUCGCUGAUAAUAAUUGGAUUCAGUCUUGGGAGAAGAUAGAGUGUUUUUUUGCUUUUUAGAUUUAUU